AUGUCUCGAAAGAGGGAAGAGAAACUUGAUGAAUUAUCAUGGAUUGAGGAAAUGGAACUCGAUUGGGACUCUCUGGCCUUUGAGGAUGUGGCUGUGAACUUCACCUCAGAAGAGUGGGCUUUGCUGGAUCCUUCCCAGAAGACUCUGUACCAAGAAGUGAUGCAAGAAACCUUGAGGAACCUGGCCUCUAUAGGGAAGAAAUGGAAAGACCAGAACAUUGAAAAUGAGUACAAAAAUUUCAGGAGCAACCUAAGAAGUCUUAUGGAAGAGAGACUCUUUGAAAGCGAAGGUCAUCAGCGUGGAGAAAUUUUGACCCAGGUUCCAGAUGACAUGCUGAAGAAGAAAACUCCUGGAGUAGAAUCAUGUGAAAGGAAUGUGUGUGAGGUUGGCAUGGGUCGUUUAUCCCUUAAUAAGCACACCAGAGCUGACACUGGACACAAGCCAUAUAAGUAUCAGGAAUAUGGACAGAAGCCAUAUAAAUGUGCAUACUGUAAGAAAGUCUUCAGCCAUCUCCCCCACUUUCACAGACAUUUAAUUGGUCACACUGGAGAAAAACCUUAUAAAUGUAAGGAUUCUGGGAAGCCAUUUAGUUUUCCCAUUUCUUUUCAUAAACAUAAAAGAGCUCACUCGGGAAAAAACCCCUAUGAAUGUAAACAAUCUGGAAAAACAUUUGGAUGUGCCUCAGAACUUCAAAUGCAUGGAAGAACUCACAGUGUAGAGAAACCUUGUGAAUGUAAGAAAUGUGAAAAAGCAUUUAAUAACUUAUCUUCUUUUCAAAUACAUGAAAGAAUGUACAGAGGAGGGAAGCAUCAUUUAUGUAAGGAUUCUGGGAAGACAUACCAUUUUUUUGGUUUCUAUCAUAGACAUAAAAUGCCUUACACUGGUAGGAAAUUUUAUAGAUGUAAGAAAUGUGGGAAAGCCUUUAUUAGUUUCUGUACCUUUCGAUACCAUCAAAGAACUCACACUAAACAGAAACCAUAUGCGUGGAAACAAUGUGGGAAAGCUUAUAUUUCUUAUACUUCUUUUCGAUACCAUCAAUUGAGUCACACUGGAGCAAGACGCUAUGAGUGUAAGCAGUGUGGCAAAGGCUUCAAUUUGCCCAGUUCCAUUCGAUACUAUGAAAUGUCUCACACUGGAGAGAAACCCUAUGAAUGUAAGCAAUGUGGGAAAACUUUCAGAUGUGCCUCAAGCCUCCGAAUACAUGGAAGGACUCACACUGGGGAGAAACCCUAUGAAUGUAAACAGUGUGGUAAAGCUUAUCAUUAUUGGAGUGGCCUUCAAAUACAUGAACUAACUCAUAUUGGGAAAAAGCCUUAUGAAUGUAAGGAAUGUGGGAAAUCGUUCUACCAUUCUGGUUCCUUUCUAAAUCAUAAAAGGAUUCACACUAGGGAGAAGCCUUAUGAAUGCAAGGAAUGUGGGAAAGCAUUUGAUAAUCCCAUAGCCUUUCAAAAACAUGAAGGGAGUCACAGAAAAGAGAAGAGUUAUGAAUGUGAGCAAUGUGGGAAGGUAUUUGGUUUUUCCAGUUCCCUUCAGAGACAUGAAAGGACACACAUACGUGAAAAACACUAUGAACAUAAAAAACAUGGGAAAGGAUUUUUUCGUAGAAGCUCUCCUAGACACAUGAAGAUAGACACUGGAGAGAUACUUCAUAAAUGUAAGAUAUGUGGAAAAGUCUUUCAUUCUCACAGUUCAUUUCAAACACAUGAAAGAUCUCACACUAGAGAAAAACGCUAUAAAUGCAAGCAGUGUGGGAAAGCCUUCAUUUAUUUCAAUCCCUUUCAACGUCAUCAAAGGAAUCACACUGGAGAGAAGCCCUAUGAGUGUAAGCAGUGUGGUAAAGUCUAUAUUUCUUCCACAGCUUUUCAAUAUCAUGUAUUGAGUCACAGUGGAGCAAAACGCUAUAAGUGUAAGCAAUGUGGCAAAGGCUUUAAUUUGCCCAGUUCCAUUCGAUACCAUGAAAUGACUCACACUGGAGAGAAACCCUAUAAGUGUAAGCAAUGUGGGAGAGCUUUCAGAUCUCCCUCACACCUUCAAACACAUGGAAGGACUCACACUGGGGAGAAACCCUAUGAAUGUAAACAGUGUGGUAAAGUCUAUCGUUACUGGAGUGGUCUUCGAAUACAUGAACUAACUCAUAUUGGAAAAAAGCCUUAUGAAUUUAAGGACCGUGGGAAAUCAUUCUAUAGUUCUGAUUUCUUUCUGAAUCAUAAAAGGGUCCACACUAGAAUCAAGACAUAUGAAUGCAAGGAAUGUGGCAAAACAUUUGAUAAUCCCACAUCUUUUAAAAAACAUGAAGGGAGUCACAGAAAAGUGAAGACUUAUGAAUGUAAGGAAUGUGGGAAGGUAUUUGGUUUUUCCAGUUCCCUUAGAAGACAUGAAAGGACACACAUAGGUGAAAAACACUGUAAACAUAAACAACAUGGGAAAGGAGUUUCUCAUCUUAGAAGCUUUCCCAGACAAACGAAUAUGUAUACUGGAGAGAGACCCCAUAAAUGUAAGAUAUGUGGGAAAGUCUUUCAUUCUCCCCGUUCAUUCCAAACACAUGAAAAAUCGCACACUAGAGAGAAAUGCUAUAAACCCCAUAAAUGCAAGCAAUGUGGGAAAGCCUUUAUUUAUUUCAGUGCCUUUCAACGUCAUCAAAGGAGUCACACUGGAAAGAAGCCCCAUGAGUGUAAGCAAUGUGGGAAAGGCUAUGUUUCUCUUGCUUCUUUUCGAUCUCAUCAGUUGAAUCACACUGGAGCGAAACUCUAUGAGUGUAAGCAGUGUGGCAAAGGCUUCAAUUUGUCCAGUUCCAUUCGAUAUCAUGAAAUGACUCAUACUGGAGAGAAACCCUAUGAGUGUAAGCGAUGUGGGAGAGCUUUCAGAUGUGCCUCAAGCCUCCGAAUACAUGGAAGGAUUCACACUGGGGAGAAACCCUAUGAAUGUAAACAGUGUGGUAAAGUCUAUCGUUAUUGGAGUGGCCUUCGAAUACAUGAACUAACUCAUAUUGGAAAAAAGUCUUAUGAAUGUAAGGAAUGUGGGAAAUGGUUCUACAGUUCCGGUACCUUUCUAAAUCAUAAAAGGAUCCACACUAGGGAGAAGGCUUAUGAAUGCAAGGAAUGUGGGAGGGUAUUCAGUUUUUCUAGUGCCCUUCGAAGACAUGAAAGGACACACACUGGUGAAAAGCCCUAUGAAUAAACAAUGUGGGAAAGGAUUUUUCAUAUCUUCCAUGGAGCUUUGAAUGCAUGAAAAGACACACUACAGAGAAAUCCUAAAUAUAAGGGGUAUAUGAAAUCAUUUAGUAAUUUAUCUUCCUUUUACAUGGAAGGAUGCACACUGGAAAGAAGCAAUAUGAAUGUAAGAAUUGUUGGAAAGCCUUCACAUCUGCCAAGAGCCUUCAAAAUCAUGGAAGGACACACACUGAAGAGAAACCAUGUGAAUGCAAACAGUGUGGCGAAGCUUUCAUUUGUUCCAGUUCCUGUCAGAGACAUGAAGAGAUACAUUCUGUUAAUAUACAUUCAAUUAUCCCAGUCCCUUUGAAACACAGAAAAAGAGUAGGAAAGGACCUCUGAGAUAAUUGAUUUCUGAGUUGAGAAGAGCUACCUCUGAAGGGACAAUUAAAUUGAUGUAUUUAGAUGGUUCUGAUACAAUUCACCAAUAGCCAAUCUUAAUGAGAUUUCAUUAAACAGCACCUUGAAAAAAUGCACUACAAAAAAAAAAAAUGGAUAUCAUAGGUACAGACAAGGGAGAUAUCAGUCACAUAUUAGAGGAACCACACAGGGCAGUGUGUGGCCACCUGCUUCAGCCCAUUUUUCCUGAUUCUUCUGCUUGCAAAUUAAGAGUAUUCUCCAAAUCCCUUGACUUUGCUUUUCUCAGAGUUGUAGUUCUCUAGAGAUGUUGCCAGAUGCUUCACAUUAAAGGUACAUUUCCA